UAAAUGGGUAAAUUACGACAACGAAUUUCAGUAUUUAAUAUAUUUUUAACUGUCAACCCAUCUUAUAGUGUAAUAAAUACUGUCAACAUGAGAUAAGGGAUUCUAAACACGUCUAAUGUUAUGAAUAAAUGCUAAAUGAAAGUGUUAUUAAUUUACCAAAAAGUGUUCUCCUUGACAAAAAUAAACAACAUGGCGUCUGCAAGCACUACCAGCAGCAAAAGAUCGGAAAAAGAGCGACUUAAAAAUGAACUGGGAUCUGCAACAGAGAAAGGUGAUGUUGAAAGAGUCAAGAUGCUUAUGGAGAAGGUGUCGCUCAACAAUGAAUUGCUGAUCAAACGGGAGGGGCUUGGCAAAAGUCCAUUACUUAUUGCAUGUACCUAUGGACAGCUGCCAGUAGUUGAGGAAUUCUUAAAGUCUGGAGUUGACCCAUUGUCAAGAAUGUCCAAUGGGCGCACCACGAUUCAUGAGGCUUGUGUUGGAGGCCACACAGAGUGCCUGAAAGCUCUCCUCAAGUACACAGACCAGGUGAAUGUCAAGGACAAGGAUGGCCAAACUCCUGCUCACCUGGCAGCCUUCAAUGGGGAACUAGGCUGUAUCAAAGUGUUGGCAGAAAACGGUGCUAACCUAGUGAUGGAGGAUUACAAGGGUCGCCAGUGUGCCCACCUGGCAGCCAUGAGGAACCACAAAAAGGUCGUACAGCUGUUGUUUGACCUUGGGGUUGACCUCGACUGCAGGUGUGAGAUUGGAAAGACACCUGUACACUACUCUGCACAGUUUGGAUCGUUAGAGACCUUGAUAUUGCUGGUACAGCGUGAUUGCGACAUCACGUUAGGGGACAACAAUGGUUACCUGGCCCUUCAUCAUUCUGCCAAGAAUGACAAGCUCAACUGCGCAAGGUUCCUGGUCAAGCAGGGUACUUCAAUAGAGGCGACACAGGCAGACGGAAAAACACCGGCACAUGUGGCAGCACUGAAUGGCUCUAUGGAAGUCCUUCACUGGCUCCUGGACAAGGGAGCAGACCCUAACAGCCAGGAUUACUUUGGUAACACGCCAGGCCACUAUGCAUGCGAAGGGGGAUUCCCCGGCUGCCUGAACUGCUUCCUGCAGCAUGAUGGGGAGAUAGACAUCCAGAACAUUAAGGGGGACACGCCCCUUGACACUGCCCGCAAGUUUGGACAUCCUCUACUCAUGGAGAAAGGAGUUAAGAACGAGGACCCUUGCCCGCAGUGCUUCGCUAAGUACAAGCAGGUGCAGUGGGACACCAUGCAUCCUCCGGCUCCUGUGGAGAGAAACAUUACCAAUGCAGGCACCACAGCAUACAAGAACCCAGUACCACCAUUCCUAAAAAUGCCAACCCAGCUUCAACAAAACCUUCUGAAGCACGAAGCUAGGAGAAAGAAAGAGAUGCCUCAGAAAGUCGUACAAAGUCGUGACAUGGCCGCAAAGUUUUAUGGCGAGCACUUAGACCCAAAUGAACUAUUCAAGUUUAAAGUACCAGACGGGAGGGAAUCCUUGCAACAUCUGAAAAAUAUUAAUACCUGAAUGUAUUUGUCUGUUAUCAAGAUUGUUUGUGUAUUUUUCUGGUAAACAUAAAUACAUUUAUAUUAUGUACAUGUAAUUUUUAAAUGUUUUGUAAUAUGUUCGCUGAAAGUGCAUUGUCAAACUUUGAUUAUACAAACUACUGGUAUUUAAACAAGAGAUGUGUUUGUCAGAAACACAAUGCCCCCUAUUGCGCUGCUUUGAAGCCAUAUAUUUGACCUAGAAGGAUGACCUUUACCUUUCACCACUCAAAAUGUGCAGCUCCAAGAGAUACACAUGCGUGGCAAAUAUCAAGGUGCUAUCUUCAAUAAUGCAAAAGUUUUUGCAAAACUUUAACCAAGGUUAAAGUUUUGGGACACACACAAUGAAUGAAUGACAGACAGGCCAAAAACAACAUGCCCCUGAUCUUUCGAUCCGGGGGCAUAAAAAACAAUGGGGAUUUAAUACAUAACUACUUGUAAAUAAUAAUAAUAAGAUUUAUUAUUAAUUAUACCACCCUAAUCAAGAAGCACUUAGUCUGUCUGUGGGUCUGUCCAUCUGUGUGAAACUUCCCUUCUCAGCCAUAACUUUACAAUAAUAAUUAGUUGUGACAUGUUCAAUGGGGAAUUAUACGCAGUUAGUUUGCAAUAAUAAUUUUGAGAUUAUAGCCAAUGCAGCACCAAAUUUGACAAAAAAAACAUACUUGCCCAUAACACCUGCCUCCAUUCCUCAGAGGUCAAGGUCACACUUAAAGGUUGAAGGUCAAAUUUUAGCCAUAAAACAUGUAAAAAAAUGUUUUGUUUUAGCCAUUUUUUCCUGUAUUUAUGGAUUUUGAAAUAAUUGGGCUCAAAUGUAAACCAUCCUAAGAAAACAUGUUGCGUGUAACACUUCUCCCCUCCCCAGAGGUCACGUUAAAUACUAAAUAUCUAAGUAAAAACAUAUGAAGCUAUGAUAUCGGUCUGUCUCACCACUUGUUGCUGCUCCUGUUCAUACUAACACCCUUUUAUUGUUGUGUUAACAUAUUUAAAUACUUUUCUUUGUUAUGUUUAAAAAAUAAACAUACAAUUGAAAUGCCA